CGGAGUCCCGCCCCUGGCUCUCGCAGGCGUCGCGGUCCUUUGACGCCAGAGGGGGGCGUGCCGGCGCGACCCACUACGUCGCCGCGCGGAUAAUGGCGACUGCAGCAGCCUGAGCGGGGGGACUUCGUGCUCCAGUAAUUUCCUGUUGUGGCGGGAGGAAGCUGGGGUGCCUCCGGAGCUGGCGGCUGCAGUGCCGGCGCGCCUGCGCGCUUCCGCCUCGUCCUGGCCCAAGCGGUGGCGUCAAGGCCCCGCCGAGCCCGCCAGAGUCGUCUUGGCCUCUUCACUUUUCUGAGCAGUGUCCCUGGGACCAGGUCAGAAACAUGAGUGGCAACAACUUAAGCGGGAACGACGAGUUUGAUGAGCAGUUGCGACUGCAAGAAUUGUACGGAGACCCCAAGGACGGUGACACCCAGAAUGACCCGUCUGGAGAAACCGAUUCUUUGGGACAGCCGCCCGAUGACACUCCCUACGAGUGGGACCUUGAUAAGAAGGCUUGGUUUCCUAAGAUCACCGAAGAUUUCAUUGCUACGUAUCAGGCUAAUUACGGCUUUUCUAGUGAUGGCGCAUCUAGUUCUACUGCAAAUGUCCAGGACACCAACAUGAAGACUGUAGAAGAACCUCCACAAAGAGAAAUCCCCGAAGCCACUGACUCCAAAAAGAGGGGAGAAAAGAGAAAGGCUGAUUCAGGAUGGUUCCAUGUCGAAGAAGACAGAAAUACAAAUGUAUAUGUGUCAGGUCUGCCUCCAGACAUCACAGUGGAUGAAUUCAUACAGCUUAUGUCCAAAUUUGGCAUUAUUAUGAGAGAUCCUCAGACAGAAGAAUUUAAGGUCAAACUUUACAAAGAUAAUGAAGGAAAUCUUAAAGGAGAUGGGCUUUGCUGCUAUCUAAAGAAAGAAUCUGUGGAACUUGCAUUAAAACUUUUGGAUGAAGAUGAAAUUAGAGGCUACAAGUUGCAUGUGGAGGUGGCAAAGUUCCAGCUGAAGGGCGAGUAUGAUGCCUCAAAAAAGAAGAAGAAGUGUAAAGAUUAUAAGAAGAAACUGUCUCUGCAACAGAAGCAGUUGGAUUGGAGACCUGAGAGGAGAGCUGGACCAUCCCGGAUGCGACAUGAACGAGUUGUCAUCAUCAAAAAUAUGUUUCACCCCACAGAUUUUGAGGAUGAUCCAUUGGUUCUGAAUGAGAUCAGAGAAGACCUUCGAGUAGAAUGUUCCAAGUUUGGACAGAUUAGGAAGCUCCUUCUGUUUGAUAGGCACCCAGAUGGUGUGGCCUCUGUGUCCUUCAGGGAACCAGAGGAGGCUGAUUAUUGUAUUCAGACUCUUGAUGGAAGGUGGUUUGGUGGCCGUCAAAUCACUGCUCAAGCCUGGGAUGGGACUACAGAUUACCAGGUAGAGGAGACAUCAAGAGAAAGAGAGGAAAGGCUGAGAGGCUGGGAGGCAUUCCUCAAUGCUCCUGAGGCCAACAGAGGCCUCCAGCGCAUGGAUUCCGUCUGUGCUUCAGAAAAGGCAGGGCCUUCCAGAGGAAGGCAUUUUUCAGAGCAUCUGAGCAUGUCUAACACAGAUGCUCAGGAAGCUAUAACUGGAAUGGCAUUUGGAGAAACUAUCGAUGAAAAUAAGUUUGAAAAGGCAGAUGAAAAUAAGUUUGAAAAGGCAGAUGAAAAUAAGUUUGAAAAGGCAGAAGAUGGAGGAGAAUUUGAAGGAAAUGCUUCUGAAAAAGAUGCUAAAGAAAGUGAGUCUGAUGAAGAUGACCCUGAGAGAGAGAAUGAAGAGGGCUGCCCAAAGAGAGAGAGUGAAGAAGGCUUCCCUGAGAGUGAGCUUGAAGAGGGUAAUCCUAAAAAGGAGUCUCAAGGGUGUGGUCCUGAAAGAGAAUCUAAGAAGAAAGGCAAAGAUAAUUAUGAAAAGAAUGGCCUUGCCAAAGGGUCUGAAGACAGUGACCAUAGCAGAGAGUCUGAAGGGGCAGACAGCUUCAAGAAAGAGUCAGAAGAUGAUGACUCAGCAUCUGAGGAAGACUGCUUAGAGAAGCAGUCUGAAGAUGGUUCUGACAAAGACUUAGAAGAAAAUGGUGUUAAAAAAGCUUUCGACCAGGAUGCCUCUGACAAGGAGUCUCCUGAAAAUGUCGAGAAAGAAUCAGAAGAAAAUGAUAGUGACAAAUCGGAAUUUGAAGAAGGCUCUGAGAGAGUGUUAGAUGAUGAAGGCUCUGAGAGAGAGUUUGAUGAAGACGUGGAUGAAAAGGAGGAGGAAGACGAAGAGGAAGCAGUCGUAUAUGAAAGGGUUUUUGAGGAUGAGUCUGACGAGAAUGAUGACUACUUAGAAGCAGAUGAGGAGUGUGGGGAUGCUGAUGACAAUGAGGAAGAUGACAUAGAUGAGAAGCUCUUCGAUGACUCUGAUGAAAAGGAAGAGGAAGAAGAUACGGAUGUAAAGAAAGAUGAAGAUACCAAUGACAAGCUGUUUGAAGAUACUUCCAAUGAGAAGUUUUUUGAUGACGAAGAAGGUCUUAAUGAGAAGUUGUUUGAUGAUUCUGAUGAGAGAGGGACUGUGGGGGAUGUGAAGGAAGACGGGUCUCAGUCCACAGACAGCAGCUUUGCCCUCAGUAGUGAUGAGGAUGAUGAGAUUUAAUCCUUUCCACUUGCUUUUUAGGGAGAGCUCUGUGUCUCUAUUUGCCUGUGCUUCAGGGUCAGUAGUAGUGUUACAUCAACAUGUGCAUAGGGGUAGGAUGCCAUCAGACUAACGUCUCGAAGGUUUCUGUUCUCACCUGUACCAUUGCAUUUAAAUAUGUUUAUUGGCUCUUCAGGUAAAACUUCAUAGUUCAAUGCAGGUAAACUGGAUACCUGUUUUCUGCUGGAUUUAUUAAAUGCAUGCAAGAGAAUAUUUUUAAAGUAUCCGAAUUGGAGUUUGUGAUAAUCAGAAAUAAAGGUGAAUUGAUAA